AUGUCUAAUGAUUACGGGUUUAACAGUGAUGAUUCGCCUAAUAAAUCAAACACACAUCUACAACUGCCGAGUCCUAUAAUUACGCGGCGGAACCGAACAGCGUCGACGUCUGAAAGGGCUCUAGGAAAUCCUAUAGAAAGUGGGAAAAUCAAGUCUUUUUGCCGAGCAAAAGGACAUGGAUUUGUUACCCCUGAAAGAGGUGGCGAAGAUAUAUUUGUCCACAUCUCUGAUAUUGAAGGUGAAUAUGUACCAUUGCCAGGCGAUGAAGUAAUAUACCGACUCUGUCCAAUUCCCCCCAAGUUUGAGAAGAACCAAGCUGUCCAUGUCCGUAUCGUCCACCUCACACCUGAGAAGCAUGUCAAGUGGGAUGAGCCCCCACUGUAA